AGGGUGGAACUGUCAACACUCGCUCAACAGACUCCAAACUUUCUGGAUUCUUUUCUUCAUUCUACAAACACAAGCCAUCAAUAAGUGAGCAGGACUUUCUUUUACUUUGUUGAAGACAGAAAAUCAGCACUUAUCGCUCAACAAAUCUUAAAAAGCAUCAGCUAGAGCAGCUAAACUAAAAGUCUUCAAGAUGCAAGCCGUUCGUCGGUGUUCAGCGUGUGCAAAACAUGCUGCAGGAGGACUGGUACAAAACCAAGAGGUUUCCCUGUUGCAAAGGAGAGGAGCAGCCUGCAUCCGCUACCUCAGUACUUCUGAGAAGAGGUCUGGAGUUCAGAAACCUGGAGAGAUGACGAACCCGACUCACAUCAGCCUGGCCUCAUUAAGUGUCGGCCAUGGGCUUUGGGUGAGUCAAAGACUCAAUCAGGUUGAGGAUCUUUCCCAUAACUCUCUGAUCAGGAGAGCUGCCUCAGUGCUGACAGACAGCUCCAGUUCUUUCCUCUCUCAGGCCACCCUGGCUCUCACCGAUGCGCUGACAGACUACUCAAAGGCUGUGCACUCACGCAUCAUUUUCCAAAAGAGAUAUCUUGCAUCCGUGGGCAAGAUGAGUCCAUCAGAGGAGGAAUCCCUCCAGCGGGCGAUCAGUGGCUGGCGUUCAGAGGCUGCUGAGAGACUGAAUGAAUGUAAGCAUUAUGACUCGACCUGGAUUAAAGCUGUCAACCUCUGUAAAAUGGCAGCUGAGGCAGCAUACUCCUCAGGAGCCCAUCAAGCGUCCAUCCUGGUCCAAACAAAUAUUCAGGUGGCCCAGUCGCAAGUGGAGGAGGCACGGAAACUGUCAUCAGAGGCAGAUAAGAAGCUGGCCGAGACUAAAGUGGAGGAGAUCCAGCGAAUGGCCGAAUAUUCAGCUUUUCUAGAGGGCAGCGAGGAGCAUGAGGUGCAUGAGGCUUAUCUACGGGAGGACUGAGUCAACCACAGCAGAAAGCAUGUCAGAGUGCAAUUGAUUUCCUUAUGAAACGUUCAUCUAUUAAACUUUUUUUUUUCUUUUCACUUUAACUUAAUCUGGAUUCUAUAGCAUUGUAUAGAUUGUAUAUAUUUAUAUUUACAAGAAAGGCAACAGAUUUCCUGAUGGAAAUAAAUAAAUAGCAAUUUUUUAAGUAUUAUCUACUGUAUCCCUUGUUAUUUAUUUGAUUCGUGUCGUUUCCACAAUUAAAUCAUCAGUGAUGAAUAUGGAGAAAGAGAACAACAA